AUUCGGUGACUUUUUUGGAGUGGGCAUCAUAUAAUUUACUUUCAAGAGUAUUUCGCAUACAAUGGAACCUGAAGGGCAGACUAAAAAGCGUAGAGUGUUAGCUGCUUGUGUCAAGUGUAAACUGAGAAAGAAAAAAUGUGAUGGGAAGCUUCCUUCCUGUUCGGUAUGUCAGUCCUUGGGAAUACCCUGUGUGUACUCGGAAACGAACCUCCAAGUAUAUCAAACUAGUAUGAUUCAGCAGAUCGACAAGAUAAAUCAACUCGAGGACCUGAUGAGAAGUUUGAACGAAGAGUUAGCGAUGUUGAAAUCAGGCAUUUUGAACUCUCAAGUUAACGAGUCUACAAACUACCAGGAAAAGCUACAGGCACAAGCAUUCGUGGAUCCUUUGUUGGCUCUUGUAAAGCAUCCUCCCAGCGAAAGCUUGUACAUUGGGCCAUCUGCUGUUAUCUCUAAAGUUCAUGCCAUUCGGAAGAUUCUCACCAAUGACAAGGAUAUCAUCAAGAAUCCAUUGUACCAAAUCAAACACAAGCCCAUUGAAGAGGUACGUGAAUAUCCCCCCGCAAAGGGCACAGAAGACUUAUUUGUUGAAUGUUAUUUGACAUUUUCUAGAAACAGAUACCAUUUCAUUGAAAAAUCAGAUGUCACAAAGAUAUUCAGUAAGACACCCUUGACAAGAGACAAGUGGGAAACAUUUGUGACCUAUAUUGUUUUGGCCAAUGGGUGUAGGAUGGCAGAAUUGGCCAAAUUAGCCAUGCUGCCCUCUCCAAAAUUCUAUUUUGAAAAGGCGUUUGAGAUGCUUGGUCAGCUACCAGUUUUGAAUCCAAUGCAACAGAUCCAAGUUUGUAUGUCCCUUGCGUUGUAUCUACAUUACAGCUAUGAUUAUCUCAACCCAUUUGUCAUGAAUGUAUGGGAGCUUUCCGGGAUGGCCAUAAGAAAAAUGGUUCAAUUGGGUUAUCAUAAAGCCAGACCCAUAGAUUUGAAAACAUGUAUACAAGUGGAGCUUGAAAAGAGACUCUUUUGGUCUGUGUAUGCGUUUGACCGACUUCUUACUCUUUCUUUGGGUCGUCCAGCUUCCCUUCCUGAUUCAGAAAUAGAAGUACCCUUCCCAUUGAGUCUCGAGAGUGUGGAUGAAUUCUCAAAUGAACUAAUACUUCAAUGGCAACAACAACAAGAAUCGGAAGCUGACUUUAAGCUUCCUGUAACUUCUAUAACAUACCUCGUUGAAACAUGCCGAGUCAGGGCCAUUGAGAGCAGGAUUAAUAAUUUUGCCUAUGGGGAAAAAUCACAGGAUCAGGAAGAUUUCAAUACGAUAAACAACUCAUUGGAAGCGUGGAUUUCCAACGUUCCAUCUAGAAAGGAGUUUAGUGAAGGAUUAAGAAACGAAGUGCCGUUUGACUACUUGCUUCUUCUAUACCACAGAGCCAAGUUGUUCUUGCUAUUACCCAAGAUUACAUCUUCGGUAAAGACUGAUGUUGCAAACAGACACUCAAUAUUGUUGCAGACACUAACAGCUUCAGGAGGCAUUUGUAAGGCAUUCAAGAAGAUUCAAAGGGACUCCAUUUUUGGAUUCAGUACGUUUUCUUUGCACACGAUUUUCUUGGCCGGUGUGACAUUAAUAUACUGUAUUUGGGCAAUGGAAAGACCUCCAUACAUUAAAGCUCACAACGAUUUGAGGGCAUGUUCCAAUCUUCUCUAUUCUUUCUCCGAAAGAGCCAGUGAAGCAGAAAUAUAUCGGGUGUUGUUCGAAAACUUGGCUGAAAGCAUCUUGUACAAUGCUGAUGUUGAAGAGCCAACACACGAAGAAGAACAGUUGAGCAACGAUAACUUGGAUAUACAGCUUAUAACAGAAGACUUGUUUGAUGAUAGUAGACUUGAUCUCAACUUCACAUUUGACGAGGAUUUCUGGACGAAGUUAGAUUCAAAACUCACUACUAAGCUAACGUGAAUUAUCUUGUUUUGUGUAUUGAAUAUUUAAUAGAUACAUAUUGGAAAGUUGGCUACACACCAGGGAACUUGAGGUUGAUUCACCUCUUGUACCCUAUGAAGAAUUGAAAUCGCAUGUUCUAUCAAAGACAGGGACUAGAUCUAAUCACCAGGUGUAUCUGAAAUCUUUGUUUUCUCUAUCAGUCAUGUCAAUAAAAGCUGAAUUUUCAACCUUCUUGUAGGCGUCUCCCAAAGCAUCUCUUUCACUAUCUCUUUUUUUGUUGACGGAAUAGUUGUAGUACCCAAGGAUUGCAAUAGUGAACAUAGCACCAAUGUAGAAUCCCACUAAACAGUAUUUAGCGGUUGGGUAGUUUGGAGCUUCAGAUGCAAGGAAUGUUUGUGGACCCACAGCAGAAGAGAAACAGAAUCCAACCAAAUAAAUACCGUUACAAACGACUUUUUUGGUUCUUCCAGCGAUAUCAGCAGAUAAACCAGUAAGAGCUGUGACCAUGGAAAUUGGCGAGAAACCA